UUCAAAACAUGAAACGACAUCAUAUGGUAUUUGUUGCAAUCAUUUGCUUUGCAAAUGGGGCAUUGGGAAUAGUGGAUGGAAUUGAAGUCAGAAUUGAGGACGCGUCAUACCAAUUGUCUUUGGAGUAUUACUCGAGCCAUUUGUGCGGUGCAGCAAUUAUAGACAAAACAUUCGCCAUAACAUCGGCCCAUUGUACUGAAGGAAUUAAUGUAAAUCACUUGAAGGUGAGGGCUGGUUCAGGGUCGAGGGAUUCCGGAGGCGUUUUGGUAGCCGUGAAGGCAAUUUAUCGCCACCCUAAUUAUAACGCUUUGACAUUUCAAGCGGAUGUCGCUGUCCUCGAAUUAGGAACAGCCCUCGAAUUCGGGCCAACUGUAAAUAAGAUCCAAUUACCUCUUAAGAAUGAAACACCGGCUUGGGUUGGGUUACUUACUGGCUGGGGCCUCGACGGUCUCGAAGGGAAAUUAGCUAAGAAUUUGAGGCAGGUCGAGAUGACGGUUUUGGGUCGAGAUGAGUGCAUCAACGCGUAUGGGAAUAGCUUCUUAAAGAGCACGAUGAUGUGCGUUCAAGGAGAAGCGUGUCAGGGCGAUUGCGGAGGACCAAUGGUAAGCAACAACUUUCUAAUCGGCGUUAUCUCGCUGUCCUUCGGAUGCGGCAACCUCGGCUAUCCAACUGUCUGCACAGACAUAUCUGAAGUCAGGGACUUUAUCGAAGACACGACCGGCCUGUAAUUUAUGAAAUAAA